CGGAAAGGGGAGGGAGCCGUCUGCCUUCCGCUUCUAGGGCUGGAGAGAUUGGCACACAAUGAGGAGUAGGACGCCGCUCUAGAUAACUACAACAAUCACAGAGGCCAGAGAAACAUGGAGAAUCAGUGCACGGUGCAGGUGAAGCUGGAGCUGGGGCACAGGGCUCAGCUGAGGAAGAAGAUGACGUCCGAAGGCUUCACUCACGACUGGAUGGUGUUUGUGCGCGGCCCCGAGACUGGAGACAUCCAGCACUUUGUGGAGAAGGUCGUGUUCCGCCUCCACGAGAGCUUCCCCAAACCCAAGAGAGUGUGUAAAGAGCCGCCAUACAAAGUGGAGGAGUCGGGGUACGCAGGCUUCCUCAUGCCCAUCGAGGUCUACUUUAAGAACAAGGAGGAGCCAAAAAAGGUUUGCUUCAACUACGACCUGUUCCUAAACUUGGAGGGAAACCCGCCCGUGAACCACCUGCGCUGUGAGAAACUGACCUUUAACAACCCCACCAAAGAGUUCAGGAGGAAGCUGAUCAAGGCCGGAGGGGUCUUGGUGGUUCCUGAAGGAGCAGAAGCCGUGUCCAGGCCCAGUCCAGACUACCCCAUGUUACCCACAAUCCCCCUCUCCGCUUUCUCUGACCCCAAGAAAACAAAGACCUCUCAUGUGUCAAAGGAGCCCAGCAAAGAAGGAAGUGGAAGCAGCAAAGGUCCCAAACCACACAAAGUAACCAAGGAGCACCGAGAGCGCCCCCGAAAGGACUCUGAAAGUAAAGCACCAUCUAAAGGUGACACGGACAGAGAUGGCAGCAGCAAGAGCAGCAGGGACCCCUCCUCUUCAUCAUCCUCAAAAAAACCCUCAGACAUUAAAGUCAAAGAUGAAGUCAAAGUCCUACCUAAAGCAGCUUUUAAGGAGCCCAAACUCACCCUGAAGGAGUCCAAGAUGGAGGGCAUGUCGCCCAAGGGUGGGGGUCCGGGUGCGGGUGGAGGAGGUGGUGGAGGAGGGGGAGGAGGGACAGGAGAGGCUAAAGCUCCAGGGAAAAGACCAUCUACUGUGGACUCUCCCAAGCCCAGCACCAAGAAGCAAAAGAAGGGGAGCUCGGAGGGACCCAAGGGUACUGGGGGCGGGACUGGUUUCACCGGGUCGUCCCCACGGGUGUCAUCUUCGUCUGCAGGGGGGCAAGUGUACGAGAAGAAGCCCUCUAAAGACAAAGUGCGCUGGGUGAAGGGCAAAAACGAUGCACUGGAAAUGAAAGAGUCAAAGAAACUACAGGAGUCUGAGGAGUCCAACUCAGAAGAUGAGGCAUCGUCCAAGUCAGAGCAGUCUGCUCCUUCGAGUGCCUCAAACUCCAGCUCGAGCUCAGACUCAAGUUCAGACUCGGACUUUGAACCUGGACAAAAACCAGGACAAGGCCCUUUGAGAUCGAUGGUGGAGGAGAUUCAGUCAGAGGAGUCAGAUGACGAUGACAGCAGCUCAGAAGAGGAAACUCCCGUCAAAACCAACCCAGGAAACUCGCGCCUGAGCCUGGACAGUGAGAGUGACAGCAGCGAUGGGUCCCACCGCCCCAGCAGAGACCCCGCCCCUCCUGCUCAGAAACACGCCUCCAACAACAACAAAGUUUCAGGCAGAAAGAGCCCCGACUCCACCUUCCGCUCGGAGAAGGUGCUGAAGAAGGGAUACGACAAGGUAGGAAGGGCUUAUACUGAAGAGUUGGUCGACCUUCAUCGCAGACUCAUGGCUCUGCGGGAGCGCAACGUUCUACAACAGAUCGUGAACUUGAUCGAGGAGACGGGACACUUCAACGUGACCAACACCACCUUUGACUUUGACCUUUUUUCACUGGACGAAUCCACUGUCCGUAAACUACAGAGCUACCUGGAGGCCACAGCCACGUGACAGGACGCCGACCCCAAACUAAACUACCAAACAUCCACACAAACUAGACUCACAAGCACACAUGGGGUCUCCUCCGUGCUGCGUUCAAGGACUGCAGGAACAAAGUGAAGAGGAGGACAAACUAGGAUUUUUACUGAACAAUGUUUUUACUUUUGAGUGUAUGCAGAGCGAUAAAACUCAACACAAUGUCAGGGCUGCACAGUAUUAGAAAAGACUCGAUUUUAAAUAUUCUAAUAAUGUUUUUAACAAUGUAAUACUCCCAAUGGAUAACAUCAAAUUGAAAAAAAAUAAGUUAAAGAUGUACUAAGUAACUUUUCUGAUUGAGGUGUGCGCCAUGUGCUUGUCUCCAUGGAGAUUUUGCCGUGCUUGGAAUGUUCCACAGUAUGGCUUUAUGGCAGUAUGGUGUUACUAGACUCAAAUUACCUUGCAGAAUAUGUAUUAUUACAGUGAGCAGGGGCGCCUCUCCACAGAUCUGACCAGUGCCUAGGCCAGAUAUUGUCAUCCUCUUGUCUCCAUGGAGCUAGAUACGUUCCACAGGGCUGACCCAGCACCAGAAAAGUUACACAGUGCUUCUUUAACUUGGACUGAACCAUACCUAGACAAGAUUUUAACAACAUUUUGAGAUUUUCCUGAACUCAACUGAACGCUACCUUUUUAAAUUACAAAAACACUCAACGUUUUUAGCCUGUUUUAAUUCUAAUCUACAGUCUACACAAUAUCGUGCAGCCCUGCCCACUCCCCUGUCUGGUUCUUCUCGUUUCACCCCUUCUCAGUGCUCCUUCCCGGGCCGCCCCUCGCUGCCCCUCCCCCUGGGGUCAGCUGGAGCUCAUUUCUUUGCCGGCGUUUCCCCAAAAAACCCUCAGAGUUUGGGCACAAGAGGCCGGGGCUCGAGUUCAGAUGUUGCCUUUGUGAGGGUCCAAACCGCAGCUGGUGUCUCUCCUUCAGUGCUGCUUUUACAAACACAUUACAGGCAAAUAAUAGAACAAUACAAGUCCAACGACGCGGUCUGUUUACACGCCACUUGAGAAAAUUGAGUUAAUAUGGAGAUUUAAAGAUACACUGCGUAACCUUUCUUGUGGAGUGUCUGCAAUCUGCUUGUCUCUGUUUAGGUUUGUGAGUUCUCAGUAUGGCAUUCAAAUUUUUCACUUGAAUUUAUUGGAUUACAGGCAUUUAAAUAGGCAAAAAAUACCAUCAAAAACAUGCAUUCUUAUUGUGAGUGGGCUCGCCUCUUCACAGAUGUGAUCUAUAACUUUGCCUGAUGGUUAGGGUGACCAGAUAUUCUGAAUUCUAAACUAGGACACACCCAGGUUGGGAUGGUUGGUAUAAAUAAAAUUGUGAAAAGAGUGUGUAACAUUCUUGUGUCAGUCGUCAUCUGAGGGAUUUUUGUCGCUUUUUUUUGCUUUAUGGUAAUUUGAAAACACUUUUUUCUGUAUUUUGAUAAAACAAAUGACAACUUAUGCUCCUCUUUACUGUUGGCAAGGAUCUGAUUCGUCAAAAAUUGUGAUAGUUCUGUUUUAGUCCAGGUUUAAACUUGAUGUAGUCCUGGUUUAGUCUUUGUUUAGUCUUGGUUCAGACCUGUUUUAGAUCAAAUUGGUCAAAAAUAGGGACACCUCAGACAUUUCUUGUAUAAAACUUGGACAAAUCACUGCUUUUGUAUAAAUCUGCUGGGACAGGGGACACAGGACUCAAAACUGGGACUGUCUCGGAUAAACAGAGACAUUUGGUCACCCUAUUGAUGGUGUUACCUGUUUGUCCCCGUUGAAAUAGACAAAUUAAAUUCUGUACUGUGGAAGAUCCCAGGCACAGCAAUGGCAUUAUCACCAUGGAGACAAGCAGCUUGCAGAUACUCCACAAGAAAUGUUACGCACUGCACCUUUAAUUAAUUACGUCUGAAAUGAAGGUUAUCUAUGCACAUUAGGCGAAUUUCUCAAAAACAAGUUAAUUUGCUUUCUGAAGGAAUCUUGACAGUAGACUUCAUAAAACAAAACGCUGUGACUUCUGGACAUGUUUUUGAAAGUUGAGCCUUGCCCUCUGCGAUUCUGCCCCCUCCUAACUACACCCGGCCCCUCCGAAAUACCCCUACCCCUUCCAAACUACCCCUGCCCCUCUCAUAGUGUCUCGCAUGAACUCAACUGCCUUCUAGUGCCACCUGGUAGGGCUAAGGGGGGAUACGUUUAAUACUGAGCUAGGCCUGUCACGAUAAUUACUACAUCGGCUUCCAUAAUGAAACUAUCCUUUUAAGGGGUCAAUAGUGAUCAUCCGGACUGUUUCUUGGUUAAAAUGGGUAGCUUUUUGUUAUUUUUUGCGAUAAGAUUCGAGAUAGACCGAUAUAUAGAGCCGAUAUUUGGACUUUUUAGUGUAUCAGCUGUCUGCCUUAAAUCUCCAGCACAGGCCGAUAUAAAUUUUGAUCCAUCUGCUGCCUAAAAAUAUGAAAACAAUAUCGACAGAGAUUAUCGGCCCUCAGUUGUUCUGGAUUCUAAACCAUCAGUACCGAUAUCAGCCAUGAAAAAAAACAUAUCAGUUGAUGUCUAGAAGGAAAUUAUGGGGCUGCACGAUCUGGGAAAAAUAUCGAAUUGAGACAAACAUUAUGAUUUAGAUUUAAGUUUUAAUAAUAGGAUUUUGUUCAGAGUUUAUGUUUUAAAAGUGACCAGAAGAACUGACAAAAAGACUGAAAUGUAAACUGUCAAAAAUAAUACAAGAAUCACAUUUUAAAAGAUGUUUGUACAGAUCAUAGACUGUAUAUAGAAGCAGACUAAGGGAGUGUGACAUCACCCAUUGUGUCUCCAGUCAAAUGAAGCUCACCGACGCCUGCGGUUAAAGGAGCAAAUCUGUAGCCAAGGGAUUUAUUAAUGAACAAAAUAUAGAAGUAAAAACACUAGAGCGGGUUAAUACAGACAUUUUAAGACCUAAAUGACGAGGCUCAAUACAGCAGUGUUUCAAUGUGAAGUGUUGAGUUGAUACAGCCAGAAGUGCCACAUGCUCACUUCCUAUUUGGAUCAUGGCAGCUAAUGGUUGAGAGAUGUCCAUUUAUAUAUACAGUCUAUGGUACUGAUUUAAACUACAGGGUUAGUCAUUUUUAUGGAGAAUAAGACAGGAUAUUUUGUUUUGUCAAGGAAAUGAGGAUAGUUUGCAUUAGCGUCCAUUAAAAUUUGUAUUAGAUUGUGAUUAAUCUUGCAGCCCUACUAAACUGCCCCUAUGCUUUAUUAUAGAUAAUGUCUAACUCAAAGCUAGCUCAUAGUUUUUAACAAUACACGUAAUUCUGAAAAGGUUUAAAGGUGCACUAUGUGACUUUUUGGUUUGGUCGUCACCUGCUUGUUUUUAAAGAUAUGUCAUUUCUCUGCCUGGAAUGUUCCAAAGUGUGACAUUAAACAGCUCUACCUUACAUUUAUUCAAUUACAAACAGUUUUAUAGCUCAGAAAUACUUAGAAAAACAGGUAUUCUGGCUGAGCGGAGUCACCUCUCCACAGAUCUGACCUGUAACUUGGUCCGGUUUUGAUCUUCAAGAAGAUAAAAUGCUUUAAUGCCAUACUGUGAAACAUUCCAGACAAAGCAAUAACAUCUUCACGGAGAAAAGCAUUUGACGGACUCUACGCCAGAAAAGUUACACAAUGCGCCUUUAACCGGGCUUUAGGGUUACUGCGUCAGUAGCAUCUAUUUCUUCCAAUAUUAUCCUUUAUCUUUAGCAAUAUUUCACGUUUCAAAAUUUAUCGUGACAGGCCUAAACAAAGCCGUGAAAAGUAGCCAUAAUCGUCUCCCAGAUUCCAAAAAAACAAAACAAAACGAAAAAAAAAAAAAAAAAAGAAUUAAAGGGGCCACGCUUUCGAAAGUUUUAUUUUUGUACAACGUGUGUAUUUAUUCCCAGAUUGCGAGCUAUGAAUGUAUAUAAAACGCUUUUACUUUUUUACCGCUAACUACAGCUCCUCUCCUAGUGCCUUUUCUUCAACUUGAGUGAGAGGGGGGUUAGCCAUGGUCAGUCCCCCUGUCUUCCCUCGGGGGGCGCCAGUGUUAAUUGGGAUGCCUGAAUCUCCAGUAUUGUCUUAAUAACUGCUUACAUUUCUGUCCAUUAUCGUCCGCUGUCUUCUCAUCGUGAAUGGUCUUUUUAAAUGGUUUUCUCAACUGUAGGUGGUCAUUUUCUCUUUAGCGAUGGUAGAUUCCGUGUUGAAAAGGGAGCCUGUUUAAUUAUUAGCGGUAGUUUUAGCUCCGUGUUGUGCUUUUGAGAGGCUGAGAAGCGGUUGUUUUUGAAUGGGCCUUUUUUUUUUCCCCCUCGAAGUACUUUUGUGGGCUACCGGUGGAGCAGUUCCAAGCUCUUCAAAAGCUAAUAGAAAUGUAUCCUAACAAAGCCUCUUAGCAACCAGCUCCCAGUGUCUCACAACGGCUGUAGCUUGCAUGAUGAACGGUUUUCUCUGGGUAAAUCCUCCGUGAUAUUAAAGCUGCACUGUGUAACUUUCCAUGCUUUUGCUCAGAAUUGUUCCGCAAUAUGGCAUUUCACAUGUAUCUGUCGUGCAUUUGUUCAAUUACAUGUGGGGCUGCAUCUCCAUUAGGGAUGUAACAGUAACCAAAAUAUCGUGAUAUCAUAUCGUCAAAAGUGUCACUAGAAUAUCGUAGGCUGUCACAGUAUUUCAAAUUUACAAGUUUCUUUGUUUAAAUGCUUGGUUUUUUAGUAGCAACAGCUUAUAAACAUCGGGAACUACAUAUCCCAUGAUUCAUUUCAUUGCAGAAAACACAAAGAAAUUAGUUUUUACUUGAAUUCUUGGGAUUAUGAUGAAAAUAAUUCACACCAAAAUCUUGUCAAGGUAUUUUAAAAGCAAAAUAAAUAUCACAAUAAA